AUGGGAUCCGAUAGAGAACCGCUCCCGGAGGGGAUAUUCUCGCUGUUGGAUACGGAUUUAUACAAGUUGACGAUGCAAUGUGCCAUUCUCAAAUAUUUUCCUAGUGCAGAGGUUACUUAUGCCUACACGAAUCGUACCAAGCAUAUGAAAUUUACCAGAGAAGCGUAUAGAUGGUUAAAGGCACAAAUAGAUAAAUUUCGCUUCAACCCAUCGAAGCAAGUAGAUAUUGCCUUCGUACCACUGAACGAUACCGGUGCCGAUUCGGACCUGGGCGAUGUCACAAUGUCGAUUAAAGGCCUCUGGGUCGAAACUAUCCUCUAUGAGAUCCCACUACUUGCAAUAACUAGCGAAGCAUACUUUAAAUGGUGCGAUCGUGACUGGGACUACCAUCAACAAGAAGAGAAGGCAUUCCGUAAAGGUUGUACGCUAUUAGAGCAUGAGUGCAUCUUUUCUGAGUUCGGCAGUAGAAGAAGGCGAGACUACCAUACGCAGGACCUGGUACUGCGGGGGCUGUGUCGUGCUGCUGAAAAAGCUCGCGAAGAGGGUUGGAAAGGAUCGUUAUCAGGAACCAGCAAUGUUCAUUUUGCAAUGAAGUACGGCCUAGAGCCGGUUGGCACUGUUGCUCAUGAGUGGUAUAUGGGCUUAGCGGCCAUCACUGACAACUAUGAAAAUGCCAAUGAGCUUGCGCUGAGAUACUGGCUUGGCUGUUUUGGUGAGGGGGUACUCGGAGUCGCAUUAACGGACACGUUCGGGACGCCCGUGUUCCUAGACGCCUUUAGCAAGCAGAUACCGAUGUACACGGCGGCUGCUCAAGGCCCAGAUAGCGGGCUGCCGUCGACCACCAAUAACCAAAACGAAACCGGAGGCCUGGCCGAAACCCAACCGCCAAUUGCUGCCCCGAUCGGACAUGGUGGCGGCGAAUCCAAGAAAACAUAUGCAGAGGUUUUCACCGGCGUACGACAAGAUUCAGGAGACCCAGUGUAUUUUGUCAAGAUGGUCAAGGACUUUUAUGAUAAACAAGGAAUUAAAGACAAAAAGACAAUCGUCUUUUCCGAUUCUUUAAAUAUCCAACUGUGCUUGGAUUAUAAGGUCAUUGCAGAAGAAGCUGGAUUCCGUCCUGUCUUUGGCGUUGGGACGUUUCUCACUAGUGAGUCCACCGUCUUUUUGUCGUUAAUACCAACUCAUGUUGUUGGCUCCGACUUUAUGAUUAAGGCUGACACAUCCGAUUGUUCCAUAGAUGAUUUCACAAAUUUAUUUGACGGCAAGAAAUCCGUACCGCUCAAUAUUGUGAUCAAGGUGUCCAGUGCUGGCGGGAGACCGGCAGUGAAGCUAAGCGACAACCUGGGCAAGAAUACCGGGGACACCCAUACCGUGGUCGAAGUUAAAAAACGCUUGGGUUAUGUAGAGCAUGACUGGGAAAACGGGGACGAAACUCGGCGUUGGGGUAAAAAAGGGGAGUAG